AUGCAGGGUAGGAUCCGUACAAGGAGGACUGCAUCUUCAGAACCACUCCUUGUUGAUCCCGAGAUAGAGAAAACUGCCCGUAGAAGCAAUAGUGCCACAAGGAGAAGACGAGCUCAAGCACAACAAGUUGUCCAUCACUCUUCUGCUUCAGACACUCUUUCAUCUACUUCUCAGAAUCCUGAUCCUUUGCCAGAAGAAGAAAUGGCAGACAACCCUCAUGGUGAUGGUAGAGGUCGUGAAAGACGCACUUUGGAAGAUUAUGCAGCGUUCACAGACCAUGUUAACUUCAACAGUAUUGCUAGGCCAACUGUCAAUGCCACCAACAUGGAGAUGAAGCCAACUCUUAUUCAUCUGGUGCAGAGUAAUCAGUUCAAUGGCCUGUCUCAUGAGAAUCCCUACACUCAUCUGACCACAUUCUUGGAGAUAUGCAAUACUGUGAAGAUCCAUCAAGUUCCUGAUGAAGCCAUACGCCUGAGUCUCUUCUCGUUCUCACUAGCAGGACCUGCAAAAGCUUGGUUGAAUUCCUUUCCUGAAAAUAGCCUCACUAACUGGGAUGAUGUGGUUGCAAAGUUCUUGAGCAAAUAUUUUCCCCAGUCCAAGGUUAACAAGGGAAAGCAGGAAAUCUCGGCAUUUCAACAAGAUAUGGAUGAGUCAUUGGGCCAAGCAUGGGAUAGAUUCAAGGGACUGUUGAGGAAGACUCCCAUUCAUGGGUUUGAUCAACCUACACAGCUCACUCUUUUCUUGGCAGGACUUAAAUCCCAGUCAAAGCUUAUGUUGGAUGCCUCUGCCGGUGGGAGUAUCAAGUGGAAGACGCCAGAGGAAGCUUAUGAGUUAAUAGAGAAUAUGGCAGCUAAUGAUAAUGAAGCCUAUACUGAGAGAACCCAUUCUCAAAAGAAGGGUAUUCUAGAGCUUCAAUCUCAAGAUGCUCUAUUGGCUCAAAACAAGAUUAUGACUCAGCAGCUGGAGACCCUGAUGAAGAAAUUGUCACAACUUCCUCAAGAGCUUCAAAAUGCCUCUGUAGCUCAACUCCAACAAGUGCAAAGUUGUGAGUUAUGUGGAGGAAACCAUACCAAUGGGCAAUGUGCUAUGUCAAGCACAUCUCAAGAGGAAGUUAGUUAUAUGGGCAAUCAAGGCCGAUUAGGGAACUAUAAUCAAGGAUGGAAACUUCACCAAAACAUGGGCCAAACAGGACCUUCCAAUAGGCCCCCACAUCAACAAACUUACCAACAUCCCUCUUUAACUGACAGAACCUCAAAGCUUGAGGACAUGAUGCAACAGUUCUUGCAAAUGUCAAUUCAAAAUCAAAAGAACACUGAUGCAUCAAUAAAAAACUUGGAGGUGCAAGUGGGGCAAUUAGCCAAGCAAUUGGCUGAUCAACGAGGAAGUUCUUUUUCCGCCAACACCGAAGCCAACCCCAAAGAGCAAUGUAAGGCCAUCUUCACUCGAAGUGGAAAGGAGGUUGGGCUAGAGGAGGAAGUUAAUAAAAGAGAGGAAAAUGAAAAAGAGAAAAAGAAAAAAGAGAAAGUUGUUGUGAAACCCCUUCCCUAUCCUCAAAAUCCUUCAAGAAAAGAGAAAGAGAGACAGUUAGCUCGGUUCAAAGACAUAUUCAAGCAGUUUGAGAUCAAGAUUCCCUUUUCUGAAGCACUGCAACAAAUAUCCUCUUAUGCAAAGUUCAUGAAGGAAUUCCUUGGCAAAAAGAAGAAGUACAUAGAAGAGGAAACUAUUGAAGUGCAAGGGAAUUGUAGUGCCAUAAUUCAGAAAAAUCUUCCUCCAAAAUUCAAGGAUCCGGGUAGCUUCACCAUCCCCUGCACCAUUGGAAAUCAAGAUAUGGGAAAAGCUCUUGUUGACUUAGGGGCUAGCAUUAAUUUGAUGCCCCUAUCUAUGCUUAGAAAGAUUGGUGGUCUCGAAGCCAAGCCAACAAGGAUGACCUUGCAACUAGCAGAUAACUCAAUCAAAUACCCUUAUGGCGUGGUGGAAGAUGUGGUGGUGCAGAUAGAUAAGCUCAAGUUCUCGGUUGAUUUUGUGGUGAUGGAAAUGGAGAAAGAUGAAGGGGUACCACUCAUUCUUGGGAGGCCAUUCAUGAAGACAGCCAAGGUUGUCAUCAAUGUGGAUGAGGGAACGCUGAAAUUGAAGGACCAAGAUGAGGAAGUGAAUUUCAACGUUUUUGAAGCUGUGCAAGAAUCAACUGAUGAAGAAACUAGUCUUAAGGCCAUCAAUGAAGUCUUAUCUGUGACUAGUAGACCGUGGCAAGCUUCUAAGUUGCUUGGAAAGUGCUCAAAUUGUUUCUCUGCAAAAGUGAAUGAAGAGAGGGAAGAGAAAGAUGAUGCUCUAGUUCACCACCACUCUUUGAUGGGGACUAAUGGACUUAAACCUGGCCAACCAAUUGUGAUGAGAAAGGAACAUUUGAAGAUUUCUCCUAGAAGAUUCAAGUCAAAUUGGGCAAGGCUGUGGGUUAUUAGAGACAUCAAAGUUGAUGGAAGAAUUGAAAUUGAAGCUCCUUAUUCUAGAAGAACUAAAUUGGUGACUAGUGAUCAAUUGAAGUUGUAUAGGUGUGAGGUUGGGAAGGAGCACACCAAAAGCAACAACCAAGCUUAA